ACGGAGGGGCAGCCUCUUUGGGACUAACUCAUGAAGAACAAGGGUGCCAAGCAGAAGCUGAAACGAAAGGGAGCCGCCAGUGCCUUUGGCUGUGACCUGACCGAGUACUUGGAAAGCUCAGGACAGGAUGUUCCAUAUGUAUUGAAGAGCUGUGCAGAAUUUAUAGAGACUCAUGGCAUUGUGGAUGGAAUUUAUCGGCUUUCAGGAGUCACCUCAAAUAUACAAAAGCUAAGGCAAGAGUUUGGCUCAGAUCAAUGUCCAGAUCUGACAAGGGAAGUGUACCUCCAGGACAUCCACUGUGUGGGCUCACUCUGCAAGCUCUACUUUAGGGAGCUGCCCAACCCCCUCCUGACUUAUGAGCUCUAUGAGAAAUUCACGGAGGCAGUGUCGCAUUGCCCGGAAGAAGGCCAACUGGCCCGCAUCCAGAAUGUUAUCCAGGAGCUUCCCCCAUCCCAUUACAGGACCUUGGAAUACCUGAUUCGACACCUGGCCCACAUUGCCUCCUUCAGCAGCAAGACCAACAUGCAUGCCAGGAACCUGGCCUUGGUGUGGGCGCCAAACCUGCUCAGAUCCAAAGAAAUAGAAGCCACUGGGUGCAAUGGAGACGCGGCUUUCCUUGCAGUUCGGGUCCAGCAGGUGGUGAUUGAGUUCAUACUGAAUCAUGUGGAUCAAAUCUUUAACAACGGCACACCUGGGGCUUUGGAGAACAAUGAAAACCCACCCAUCACCAAGAGCCUGACCUUACCAGCCCUCUCCUUGCCCAUGAAGCUGGUGAGCCUAGAGGAAGCUCAGGCCCGGAGCCUGGCUACUAACCAUCCUGCUCGGAAGGAAAGGAGGGAGAACAGCUUGCCUGAAAUUGUCCCUCCCAUGGGCACCCUCUUCCACACUGUUCUUGAGCUACCAGACAACAAAAGAAAGCUCUCCAGUAAAUCGAAGAAGUGGAAAUCAAUAUUUAACCUGGGACGUUCUGGAUCAGACUCCAAAUCAAAGCUGAGUAGAAACGGGAGUGUAUUUGUGAGAGGACAGAGGCUCUCAGUGGAAAAGGCUACUAUCCGACCGGCUAAAAGCAUGGACUCACUGUGCUCAGUGCCUGUGGAAGGGAAAGAAACCAAAGGAAAUUUUAAUCGAACGGUCACCACUGGUGGAUUCUUCAUCCCAGUGGCAAAAAUGCAUUCGACCAACACUGGCAGCUCAUGUGACCUCAGCAAGCAGGAGGGCGAAUGGGGCCAGGAGGGGAUGCCGGCGGGGGCGGAGGGGGGCUUCGACAUGAGCAGUGACCGAAGCCAACUUCAGGGCGCCCAGGCCCGGCCCCCACCUGAGCAGCUGAAGGUGUUCCGGCCGCUCGAGGAUCCGGAGAGCGAGCAAACAGCCCCGAAGAUGCUGGGUAUGUUCUACACCUCGAACGACAGCCCCAGCAAAUCUGUCUUUACCAGCAGUCUCUUCCAGAUGGAGCCCUCUCCCCGCCACCAGCGCAAGGCCCUGAACAUCUCUGAGCCCUUUGCCGUGUCAGUGCCGCUGCGCGUGUCAGCUGUCAUCAGCACCAACAGCACCCCGUGCAGAACACCCCCAAAGGAGCUCCAGUCGCUUUCCAGCCUGGAGGAGUUUUCUUUCCAGGGGUCAGAGAGUGGAGGUUGGCCCGAAGAUGACAAGCCACUGGGAGCUGAGUCCUCUACAGCUUCCAUACCUAAGAAGGUGGUUCUUGAGGACGCCAAGCCAGGACCAGAGGCAGUGAGGAUGGUGGAAUGCAACAAAGACCUCUCCCUGGAGUCAGGCCCCCAACAGGAGGAAAAGAAGGCCUUGGAAACCUCCCCGGGUUCUCAACAUUCAAGUGAAUUAGAGAAGAGGCUGGACCCGGAGAAAGCAGAGGAGGAGGGUCGAGAGGCUGGCCAGGUGGAGCCCAGCACUCUGCAGAAGAGCCCCAGUGUCCAAGCGGGACUUCUCCAUGACAUGGAUGAAGAUGAUCUGGCCAAUGCCCUGAUCUGGCCCGAGAUUCAACAGGAGCUGAAGAUCAUCGAAUCUGAGGAGGAGCUCUCCUCAUUGCCACCACCUGCUCUAAAGGUCAGCCCCACUCAGCCAAUUCUGGAGUCCAGUCCAGGGCCUUUCGCUUCCCGGGAGCCUCCUGGGAGCUGGUCUUGCGGCCCAACACCAGGCUCCACCCCUGCGGAGGAGGGGACUACGGAUCUAACCAAUCAGAGUGCAGAGGGGACUUCCCUGGCAGCCAAUAGAGAAAAGCCGGAGACAAUGAGCAUCCUCCAGAGACCCGAGCCCGAGAAGCGUCCGGACCCCACCAGCUUGGCUCCUCAGGAAAUUGUUCCAUUUGAGACGGCUUCUGCACAAGCAAAGGUGGACCAGGAAGGCCCAGGAAAUCUGUCCCCUCUUCUCCCGCCUGCUGCCCCUCCUCCAACUCCCCUGGAGGAGGCACCUCGAGUCCAGCUAUCAAAGGGCAGUCCUGAGAGAGAAGACUCGCCUAGGAAUUUGAGUACAAAUCCAUACACAGACCAGCUGAAGUCCAAGUCCAGCCUGUGUCAGGAGGAGGAGGAGGCCUCUCUAGGACAAAGUGAAGAGCAAAAUUCUAAGAAUGCUGCUCCUGAGGAAAAAGGCUCUGGUUUUCAAAGCCCAACAAGAGAGGUUGAGAUCUCCCCACAAGGAGGGGAUGUAGCCCAUUCGGUGCAGGAGCCCUCAGACUGUGAUGAAGACGAAACUGUGACAGACAUUGCCCAGCAGAGCCUGGAGAUGGUGGAGCCCUGGGAGGAGCCCCAGUGGGUAACGAGUCCCCUUCACUCUCCCACCCUGAAAGAUGUGCAAGAGGCCCAGGUGCAGGCCCAGGGCCACCGACUGGAGAAGAGGCUCCCCCACAGGCGCCUUCGUCAGAGCCGUUCUCUAGAUAGCAAAACCACCACGGUUAAGAGCCAGUGGACUCUUGAGGCUCCCUCCUCCAGCAGCUGUGCUAACCUUGAAGCAGAGAGGAAUUCCGACCCUCUGCAGCCCCUGGCACCCAGGAGAGAGAUUACUGGAUGGGAUGAGAAAACCCUGAGGUCCUUCAGAGAGUUCUCUGGCCCAGAAGGGACAGAGGCUUUUCCCAGCCAAAAGGGAUCAGGUGGUUUGCAGCCCAAAUCAACAGAAAUCAGCCCUGUCAGACUAGCAGAGGGAAAGGAACUGGGGACACACCAAGGGCACAGCAGCCCUCAGAUUGAGCAAGGUAGUGUUCCUGGGCCAGACAAUAGCAAGGAGAGUUCACCUCGUGUGCAAGACAGCACCUCACGUGGAGAGCAUCCCCCAAAGUUACAGCUGAAGAGCCCUGAGUGUGGGCCUCCAAAGGGAAAAAACAGGCCUUCUUCCCUCAAUUUGGACUCUGCCAUUACCAUCACUGACCUCUUCCGGUUUGACAAUGUGGCCUCAUUUGGUUCACGAACGCAGCUCUCUGAGCCAGGAGACACAAAAGUCACAUGGAUGACCUCAUCCCACUGUAAAGGAGACCCAUGGAGCAUUUGCUCCCAGGACCCUCAGGACCUGGACAUUGUUGCUCAUACCCUGACAGGCCGCCGUAACUCAGCUCCUGUGAGUGUAUCAGCUGUGAGAACCUCCUUCAUGGUCAAAAUGUGCCAGGCUAGGGCAGUCCCAGUCAUUCCACCCAAGAUUCAGUACACACAGAUCCCACAGCCCCUGCCCUCUCAGAGUUCGGGGGACAGUGGAGUCCAGCCUCUGGAGAGGAGCCAAGAGGAACCCAGCUCAACUGGUGGGACCUCACAGAAAUCUGCCAGAGAUGAUUCUCUCUCCUUGGAAAGCCCAAAAGAAGAGAAACCAAAGCAAGAUACAGGAGCCAUUGAGUCCUUGCCAAUGGAUACCACUACAUCCCACAUGUGUGAGGGACCUGCCCUUCCUCCAGAACCAGUCUUGGCUAACCUGCUCUCCACCCAGGAUGCAACAGUGCAAUGCAGAAAGCGCACAUCAGAGACAGAGCCAUCCGGAGACAACCUUCUUUCUUCAAAACUGGAGCGACCAUCAGGGGGUUCUAAACCUUUCCACAGGUCAAGGCCAGGAAGACCUCAGAGCCUAAUCUUAUUCAGUCCUCCUUUCCCCAUUAUGGACCACCCACCCCCUUCAUCCACAGUGACAGAUUCCAAGGUUCUCCUGUCCCCUAUCAGAAGUCCCACCCAGACAGUUUCCCCUGGCCUUCUUUGUGGGGAUUUGGCAGAAAACACGUGGGUCACACCAGAAGGGGUUACGCUUAGGAAUAAAAUGACCAUCCCUAAGAAUGGCCAAAGACUAGAGACUUCAACCAGCUGUUUUUACCAGCAGCGCAGAUCAGUGAUUCUGGAUGGAAGAAGUGGGAGGCAAAUAGAAUGACAGCAGUUCACCUGCUGGUGUCAGGAAAAAAAAAAAAUGUCCUGAUUCAUCAUCUGGAAGUUAUUACAGGGCUGCCUUGCCAUUAUUCCAGGCAUAGGUUAUCCAAGUUUGGGCUUAUUUGGUGUCUUUUCUUUCUUCAGCUUUUUGACCACUUAUUAAUUAGUCCAUUUGCCAGAAGAGAGGUCAAGGGAAGGAUCAAGAGAUGAAAUUUAGAUAAGUCCAUAACAGCAGGUGGGAAAAGGUCGGGUAAGGGAAGAAGCUGAAAUGCCUGCUUCCAAUGAGAUUUGGGGUUGUUUGUGAGUUGCGUUUCUCCCACACUGUCAUUAUCUAUUACUGUUGAGAGCUGGCUAAAAUAAUGUCUUUUGAAAGAAAGAGAAAUCCUUUGCCUGUGCUGGAAAAUGUUGCUGUUGAGGUUUGAAGGCCUCCUUUUUACUUCACGCUUUUUAAUGCUCCUUAAAGCACGUGUUCUUUUAGACCAGUUUUCUGAUAAGCUUUGUAACGUGUACACUCCAGAAUAGAAGCAGAUUUGGAAGUACAAACUAAUGUACACUUAAAGAUCCAAGUGGGUGAAGUUACCCAUGCUCUUUCCCUGGAAUCUCUCUGCAGACCUGUCAGAGAUGGUUGUGUCUAUCAGCGUAGAGAAUCAGAAUCUAUACGCAAGAGCAAAUUCUGAGGACUGGCAAAAUCUAAGAAGACUGGCUGUGGCUUUCGUUAAUUUGGGACUCGACCAUUAUCCUGACCUCUGAUUUAUAAAUCCAGUGGCUGGGCAGGGUGGACGCUGAGCCGAGGGUUACCUCAAUGAAUUGUGCUGAAUUUUCACUUAGGUAUGCAAUGGUGAAGUGAUCUGUUUUCUUUCCAAAUUAGAGCCCAUGAACAGGAUAUCUUCAUAGAGAAAAACCUCACGCAUGGGUAGAACUACGCUCCAAAGUCAAUGUGUUUAAAUUGAUGGGGCCAUUAAUAGAAAACACUUCUAGCUCAGCUUCCUUGUCCUUCCACACUAGGCUGGGAGUGCAGGAGAGGGUAAGGAGGGAGCCCUAGCAGGGUGGCCAUCUCUUCCACCUGGGGAGAGCUGCCCUUUGGAAAAUGUAUUUCUUUUUAGCCAGGGGGUGCCUCCCUUUCUCCCUCUCCUUCCAUUACUCAGAGCAGAUUUGAGGCAUCUUUCUCCCUCCCAUCAUCCCCCUCAUCCGUCACCCCACCCCAGACACUCGGACUUGCCCUUUCUCCUGUCUAUAUGCAAGCAGAAGCAAUAAACCAAUCUGAUUUUAUUUCAGUUAUUUAGAACUUCCAGUGGUUCUUUCUUUUUCAGCUGGUGAGAGGAAAAAGAACUAAUAGAACCUGCUGGCAGAUUUUUGGUCCUCCUACAAAAAGGGGCUACACAGGAGCACUUCUCAAGGCAAAACCCAUUAGGGUACCUACAGUUCUAACCUUCUAAGACAACAGUCUUAUUUAGAAACAAAUUAAAAUAGACCUGUUUCUAGCCCUGUGCACGUCAUCUCAGGUUCAAGUCUGGCCGAACUCCGUCCACAAGCUCCGUCAUUGCAGAAAUUUCUCUAGGGGCUAGCAGUACCUCUCGGCAGACCUCACAACCAAGGCUGCUGCUGGAGUGGGUAGGGGCUGAACUGAAGUUACCUCGACCGGGAGAAAUUGGAAGCCGAUGCCCUGCAACAGAUCCAUAUUCCUCUCUCCCUUCUCCCCUGAUAAACCUUACAGUUUGAAAUCUUGUGCUGGACAUUUUAAGCCAGUGUCUGUGGCAGGGGUAACUGGUAGGCCAGCUGAUGAGUUCUACUUUCAGAGGGCACUGAGGUGAGUGAGCAAGGGGAGCGGUUAAUGGGAAGUUCAGUGUCUUGCUUUCUCAUUAGGUGAGCGAGACCCUGGACCGACAAGCCAAAUGGGAUGUCACCCAUAAAAAAAGUCCUAGGGUAUGGCAUUUUUUCCUCCUUGGCAAGCAAGGUGAAGAAAUAUAGUGGUGACAGUUGAGAAAGGCCAUGUUCAGGAGAUUUGAAAAGUACAUUCCUGCCUUAUCAGAAAAUGUGGACAGAUAAGCUUUAUCCCAAAUCGCAGUGUACUAUGGUGUCUAUGCUUUGAUAAAGACCAUGUUCCAGUUAGAAUGUGAGAGAAGAAAAAACUGGACUUUGCUUCACCGUCAGAACUCUGAGCCGAGUAAUGAAAUAUUUAAACUAUUUUAUGAUAUUUUGAAUUUUUGUUUGUAACACUUAGAGGAUAGAUUUUAUUUGGGGAUAGACUGAGAAGCCACUUAGUACACAUGAAUGAGUUUGCUCGAGGCACCUAGGCAGAUUCUUAAAUGGCUGCCAUGCUCCUUAGACUCUGACAUCUUUUGUUUGUAGCAUCAUCUUCAGGACUGUGGGUGUGUGGAUGCCAUCAUGAGACACAAUGACCAAACUGUCUGGAGAUACUCUCUACUCUGAGCUUUCCUAAGCCUGUCAAUCUGGAAGGCUGUGGAAGCUGACUCACCUUCUUGAUCAGUGUCCCAUGGCCAAAGUGUGGACUUCUUCACUAUAGGCCAGCCUGUCAACUGUCACAAACACAUUCAUAAGCUUCCUGUGGGCUAACCCAGCACUGAGGAAAUUCCGUUUCAUGACAAAAAGAACUCAGAUUUCCCCCCUGAAAUUGUUCCCUCAAAUGCCCCGAGAUUACCUAUUUGGUCGUUCAUUUGGGACUGAAAAAUGACCCCCCUGAGAAUGGCUGGAUGGAAAUCAAAUUGCCUGCUUCCGUCCAGAGGAGGGACAGGCCAAGGGCUGGUGUUUUUAGGAGGAUCUGCAUGGUGCCCUAGGAAGGGCUGCAAAAUCAAAUUCUCAAAGUGCUCCUUCAAAUCAGUUACCAGUCCUCAAAAUGGAGAUGGUCGAUUUUAAAUGUUAAAUUUGAAAUGAAAUGCAUGCAUCUUCUAAUGUUUUCUUCCAAUGUUAGUAUUUGCUUAAGAAGAUAAUAAUCUAUAUUUAUUGGCAAAAUGGCCCUCUCAGGCCAAAUAUUUUUUCCUUUUUUUUUCCCAAAAUGGACCAAAUAGAAGAAAUUUGGUUUUUAUUCUUGCUUCAGAUGGAAUGUGAAGAGACCUGACCAAGAACCCCAUUAAGACAGCCUGAUCUAAGCCCUAAAAUUAAAAAUAUUGGCCAAGUCAAAAUUCUGGGUUCUGGGGAAAUUAAAAAUGUAAGCAUCAUCCUCCUCAAAAAUAUUUAUCAAGAGCUUAGUAAUAUUGCCCUGGGUACCUUAGUACUCUUAAAUCCCUGAAGAGUCUAAUGAAAAAAGGGAUAGGGGUGGUAGCAAAUGAAACAGUCCAUAAACAAACAGGAGGAAGAUGUAGAACCAUUAAAUUACCAAAUGAAAGCUGAAAGGGGAAAAUGUAGCAACUAGCAUCUUUUAAUAGGAUUUUUAAUAGUGUUCAAGUUACCUACUGACUUCACUCAAAUUAAACAAUUGCAAAUCCAAUAGAAGGUACUAGGGAGACACUCAGGCAUUGAGAAUUUUGCUUUGAUUGCUUAAAAAAUGUGAGAGUGAUAAUUAAGAACAAAGAGUUCUGAAGUUGUGUGUGGUCUUAAUUGGUUUGGUUGUGAAGUCCUGCUGGAUCGCUGCUCAUGAGCCAGCUAAUAUCAGCAUUCCAUGCUCCUGGGGAGGGGGCUUUAGAGACUUCCAUCAUCACAAGACGGGUUAACAUGUUGGUGAUGAAGUCAUAGGUCCAAGAUAAGGUGUUACUUUUGUGUCUAAUGUUCAGCAUGCUGAUCACGUUUUAUUAAAAUUGGGUGGUACAGUCAUUGGUCUACACAGGUCUCGUGUUCCUGCCUGAAGACAUAGUGGGAACAUAAGAUUCAUCGGUCUGGAAUUGGAGUGGGAGAGGUUCAGGACAGGUCCAAUUCGCACCAUGAUUGACUAGGACCACAUUCUACCCUGGCUUGUCCUCUCUGAUGACAAAAUGAAUCCUGGAGUUAAAUGUUGUCAGGAGUAUGAUUUUAGGCACUUCCAGCAGAAGGUCAGCUCAAAAUGUAGAAUGACAAAGAAUGUGUCCUCCUUUGUCAACACCUUCUCUAGCAAAGUUGGGCCAGAAGAGGGAGCAGGCACCUUUCCUGGAGAGGCACAGGAGAUGGAAGAAGGGUGAUUGCCUGAGAUCAGUGUUGGUCCAGAUAGUAUAAAACUGGGGGCUACCACAGAUGGAUGGGCACACAGUAGGUCAUUUAGCAGCCUUGAGGUUCAUGAGCAGUGCAAAAUCACUUCUCUGUGAGGAUGAAGGAGGAUGUAGCUAAGUAUAAGAAACCCACGCAGUCUGUAGCCGUGUGUUUUACUGGAUGGAUCACAAUGCUUUGCAAUAACUUAAUGCCAUACUAAUUCCUGGCUGAUAAUUCUGCAAGGUAAAGAACUUUGUCAAAGGCAUCUGUUAGAAAUCCACAUGGUUUCAGCUUGUUUGUUGAGCUCGACAAAUAUGUUUCCAAAGAUAUAAUCAAAUUUUUCUAUUGAUUAAAAAAGUAUAAAUAUUAAACCUA